CUUCACUUGGCGCCAAUUAUUAUUUAAGACCACAUAAGAUCAUAUCUCAUAGAUGUUUCUAUCAUUAUAUUUAAAGUAGGACAGAGAAGAUCAACGCAAUGGACCCAUUUAAAGGCAUUGGAACACUGUCCUUCGAACCUCAGAAUGAUGAUGAAGAUGAUGAAGGGAUGGAGGGUUUGGAUGUUUUAUCUUCACUGGUGGCAGGACCAUCACAACCUACAGAAUCAGUGGUAGAAUUAGACGAACAACUAUUAAGUUCUAAUGAAGCAUUAUCAAGCAUGAUACAUCAGUUAAAACUACCUACAAAAGAUGUCACUUUUCAGUAUUUAGAAGGAAAAAUAAGUUUUGAACAGUUCAGUCAAAUAAUGGAAGAUAAAGAGGGAGAGAAAGUUUUUGCCAAAGAACCUGAUAUAGAUGAUGCUGAUUACUCACCAAUAGAUAGCCCUGUAGAAGAGGAUUCUCCAAAGAAAAAAAAGAAAGGAAAACAGCCAAGAAAGCCAAGAAAAAGAAUGACAGAUUUACCCAAGCAUUUAGAAGGAUUGAUGGGUGAAGCUAACAUGAAGUUUGCUAAAGGAGAAUAUGACGAGGCCAUUUCUAUGUGCUCAGAACUUAUUAGAACAGCACCAAAAGCCAUACAGCCUUUCCAGACAUUGGCAAUGAUUUAUGAAGAAAUAGGAGAUGUUGAUAAAUCUAUGCAGUUUAGUUUGAUAGCAGCUUAUCUAAAACCAGCAGAUGCAGAUGCAUGGAUUAGAUUGGCUGAAAUGGCAUUAGAGAAAAAUGAUGUGAACCAAGCCAUUAAAUUCUAUACAUAUGCUAUUCGAGCUGAUCCAAACAAUACAGGAACUAUGUGGGAACGCUGCAGGUUAUUUGAGGAGAUAGGUCAUCACAAAAGGGCAUUAGAAGGAUAUAUCAUUGUUCUGAAGCACCUACCUGAAGAUGAGGCAGAGAAAUAUCUUCAGUUAGCUAGAUCUGUUUCUAAGUCUUAUUAUGAGAUGGGAGAAAAAGAAAUGGCAGUUAGUACCAUGAAGAAUGCAUUUGAAUCACAUCCUGAAUUUGUUACAUCUGAAGAUGUCAACUUAUAUAUUGAGUUACUGUUAACAGAUAAACAGUUCAUUCAGACAGUAGAGGUUCUUGUAAAAUAUUGUGGUGUAAAGUUUACAACAAGUACAAAAGAUGAAUGGACUGCUGAAAAUGCUAUAGAUAUCAACACUAUAACAUCAGGAGAGAUACAGCUAACUGGAUGUAAUUGUCCAGAAAUGAUUCCUGUAGAUCUUCGUACAAAGCUUGCUACAGCCAUGAUCAAUCUAAAAUUAACAGAUAUCAGCAAGGAUAUGAUAGAACCAAUAUUUCAAGUAGAAAUAGAAGAGAAUGGUGAUCUGUAUCUUGACAUAGCUGAAGCUUAUAUGGAUAUAAAAUGUUACAAAGAAGCCAAAGGCAUUCUAGAGCAGCUUGUAGCUUCUACAAACUAUAGUCUUGCAGCAGUAUGGUUAAAGUUUGCAGAGUGUUUAGAUCAUUUGAAGGAUAUAGAUGCUGCUGUGACAGCAUUCAGUCAUGUUGUAGAAAUGGCACCAUCACAUGUUGGAGCCAGAAUGUCAUUGGCAAUGUUACAUCAACAACAAGGAAAGCAUGAUGAGGCACUUAAAGCUUUAUCUCAAGAAAACCCACCACAUCAUUCAUUAUCCAAACAAGAACAGACCUUACUGCUACAUAAAUGUCAUCUUCUGUUGUCACAAAAUAAACAUGAUGAAUUGGUUCAGUCCUGUAAACUAUUGAUGUGUCACAUGUUUAAAGAUUUAACAUCUCCGUCUUUUCUCAGAGUUGUAUUCAGUUUUAAAACCAAGAAACAUAAACUAGAUUAUUUAUCCGAACAUUUGAAAGAAGGAAAAAGUGCAUUGAAGACAGAGUUAUCAGUCGAUGAUAUCUGGGAUGUGUUUGUAAAAGUUUAUGAAACAUUACAUGGUUUAAAGCGUUAUGAUGAUUUACUUGAAUUAUCAGUAUUUGCAAUGAAUUGUCCUUACAUUUUGGAUGAUGUCAGAAAAUCUAAGCAAGCAGAGUUCAUGUGUUUCCUAGCUUGUUUACUGACAAAAAAUGGAAAAUUUGCCUUCAGUUUUAUAAGAGAUUUGUGUUAUAAGGAUCCAGAUAAUAAUCAAGUAUGGAAUUUAUUAAAUCAGUGUUUGUUGAUCAGCACAGAAAGCAGACAUAAUAAAUUUUCCCUCAGAUAUCUAAUACAGAAUCCAGAUCAUAUACCAGUGGCUUUGUUAAAUGGUCAUAAUGCCUCAAUAUCUGGAACAUAUAUGUAUGCUUUAGGUGAAUAUGUAGCAGUAAUGAGAGCGUGGCCAGACAAUCCAUUGGUCAGUCUGUGUAUAGGAAUAACAUUCAUCCAUCUUGCAGGACAAAAGUUCUCUGCUAAAAAACAUUUCCUUUUAACACAGGGUCUGGCAUUUCUGAAUCAUUAUUUGGAAUUGAGAGGUGAAACUCAGGAACCAUAUUACAAUAUUGGUAGAGCAUUACACAUGUUAGGACUCUCAUAUGCAGCAGUACAUUAUUAUAAGAAAGUAUUAGGAAUGACCCCUAUUGAAGACCACCCUGAUGGUAAAUAUGACUUAAGCAGAGAGGCAGCCUACAACUUAUCCCUUAUCUAUCAAGCCAGUGGCUCUCUAGAGUAUGCAAAGCAAAUUGUUAACAAAUAUCUAGUGAUAUAAGAUUACAUUGGUUACAGAAUUACCACAAGGAUGGUGGAACAUUUUAAUUAACUGAACUGAUAAAAGAUAAGCGUAUCCGUAUCAUUACACAGAAACAAUCUUAUUGACAACCUCUGGCCAAUUUAUUACCAUCUUAAGUAAUUGGAUUUCUUUCAAAAGGAUAACUGGUUGUGAAGGUCUUCGAAUGAUACUCUGUAAUGGCAAACAUCCAUCCUAGGCAGUGCAAUAUGAACUCAG